GAGGGCAGAAGAAAUCAGAAGACAACAUGGCCGAUUGUGGUGGUGCUUCGUCAACCCACGGUUUCUGAUAAACAUGUUCUGAUAGUGUUGUUAAUAACCGUCGGUUGUUGUGUGGUUAUUGCUCGGACGUCGCGGAAGCACUUGAGGGAUGAAUUCGCUGCACUGCGUGAUCCACCCUUUGCCGGGGACCGAAGACCAGCUGAACGAAAGGCUGAAAGAACUUGGUCUUCGGUUGAACUGGUCAGGCGGUGUUGGCGUGAGUGCAGUAGCAGGAUUGCGUGAAAACAUCAGACAGGUGGCCAUUGGUCCAUCACACAUUGCUGUCUUGACAGAAGAUGGCCGUGUGGCACGCUUGGUAUUUUCAAUCAACACAGAUGCCUUGGACCUUAAUAAGGCAGAUAAUAAGCAAGGGAAAGAAGUUUGUAAUAAUCACCAUGUUUACAGGAGCUGUAAUAAGAGUAGCAAUCAGAAUAGCACGAAGCUCACUGCUCGUAUGUCCACGGGUGGCAGACGGAUCGUACGCACCACGUCCGGUUCUGGAGGAGUACGAGGGAGGGGGUCUGGUGUUAUCAUGGGAUCGUCUCGUCCCAUGUUGCCUGCUCAGUAUGUUCCAGAGGAGCUUAUAUCCCAAGCUCAAGUGGUGUUGCAGGGUAGAAGUCGUAACCUCAUCAUACGGGAACUUCAGCGUACCAACCUCGAUGUAAAUCUCGCUGUGAAUAAUCUUCUGUCGCGUGAUGAUGAAGACGUGGAAGAACCAGAGGAGAGUGGCGAUUCUUAUGUGCCAGAAGACUUAAUCUCUCUCUUGGAUGCUGGAAUAUCUGUGGCAGCAGAUCAUCCGUCAGUCAUCAUAGAUGCUGAUGCCAUGUUCUCUGAUGACAUGUUUGGUUACUCCUCUGUUAGAAGCCGGUCGGGUGGCUGCCGAGGACGAGCAGGUGAGAGGGACAGAGAAGGCUCUGCAGGAUCUGGAGGGUCGGAACAUCGUGCAGACCGAGAAUUGAGGUGGCGCGACCGUCAUUACUCGGGACCCCGUAAGUGGCUCUCGAACGCGCUGCUGUCGGUUAGAGUCACGCAACCCCACACAGAAACUGCAAAGAAAAAAGAUUCACUGUUGCCAGAUGCCAUUGAUGUAGCAGACAGCUUACAGUACUGGCCAGAAAGACAAGGUAGUCAUCCGCCACCUAGGUUCUUGCACAUUGCAGCUUUACAUUCAGAGCUGGUGGCUGUGUCUACCACUGGCCAAGUCUACCAGUGGAGGUGGGCAGACAAGGACCCAUAUGUUCACCCAGAGAUUCCAAAUGUACAUCAUCCAAAGGCAGUUCCACUUGGGCUAGUUGGGGAGAAGGUAGUCUCAAUCAGUGCUGCUGGCGUGAGAUGCAGUGUUGCCACUGAAUCGGGUAAGGUUGCAACGUGGCUGGACGAGACAUUAGCCGACGUUGCAGCAAAACUAGAACAACCGGCACAAAAUUUCCCUGAACUUCAGAAUGACAGAAUAUUGUCAUUACACACUUGCCAACUCUAUACGUGCGCUUGGUGUGUAUCAGGGUCCUUGUUUUGGUGGGGAGUAUUGCCUUUCAACCAGAGGAAAAAACUGUGGGAGAAGUUCAGAAGUAAAAGUCGUAAGCAGCGUUCAGAAAUCACCGAAGGAGUACAGGUUGGAAUGAGAUCUUCCCCAAUGUACCAUCCAGGUGCCUUGGCAUUUUCGACAUCGGGAGGUGUGCCCAAAAUUGGCCAAUUGAUUAAUGCAGCUUGGAAUCUUAGCGAUACUUGCAGGUUCAAAAUCCUUCCCCCAGGAGGGGUCAAUAGUGGUUGUAGCACUGGCUUGUCAGGUGGCAUGAUGGGCAGUGGGACCAGCAGUAGUGGAAACAGUAGUGGCAGUAGUAAUUCCUUCCAGACAGGCAGCAGUGCUUCCUCCACACAAAGUGGUUCAAAUAGUAAUUGCGGGAGUGGGAGUAGUGGCAGCAGUGGACUUGGAGAGAAGAAAACCACAGCCCCUGAAGUGUUAGGGUCUGUUGCCAAAAUUUUGAAAUGUGGAGACAGCAAGGAGUCAUCAGAUAAGUUGGAUAUGCCCCCACCUCCAUCGCCAGCGUCGAGCACUUGCUCAGAUACAGGGUCUAUAACAUCGCCAGCAUCUUACAAGGGACGCAAGAGACCCACUCCUAGAGAUGACAUAGAGCGUUUUGACGAAGAGGAAUGGCCCCUGAGGGAUGUGAUAUUCGUUGAAGAUACAAGACCAGUUCCUAUUGGAGAGGUUCUUGCUGUCGAUGGAAUCCAGGUUGUUGUUGUACCUCAAACAAAGGAAGGUAAAGGAAAUUUGCGGGUUAUUCACCGAGACCAGUUGCAAGUCAUAAGAGCAGGUGGAAAUCCCAGGGUGCCUGAUUGCUAUCAGAAGACACCCAAAAGGAUACCAGUCAUUGAGCAGGGACAGAUUCUUACAGUUGCUGUGGAUGCCAGAGGCGUUCAUGCAAUUGUGAAAAAUGGCAGCCGUCUUUCAUAUGUCAUAUACAAUCUUAGCUCUGGGAAAGCUGAGCAAGAGUGUGUGUUUCCCACCGACAGCACAGCUUUUAUGGGUACAGAGCCAUCGGCUAUAUCCUUGACUAUUACUGGAGAGAGUGAGAAUGUUGCUAUCCUCCGGGAUGGAAAUAGUACUAUUUAUCCCUUGAGUAAGGACUGCGUAGAAUCUAUAAAAGAUCCGCAUUGGCCAGAUCUACCUCCUGUUUCCUGCUUGGGGGUAGCAACACACUUCCUUCACGGUGCAGGGGCUCAUCAAAAGAACCAUGUUGCCUUGCUUGUCUUAGCUCUCAACACACAAACUUUAAUGCCUAAGAUUCUUAGGUGUGAUCCGGAGGGUGUGAGACAGGUCCUUGCUCUCAUUGAGAAUGAACCAGCAGGUGGAGUUGCUAAUCUAACCACAGAAUCUAUUGUGGAAGAAAAGUGUGAUGGCAAUAGGAACAUUCUUCAUGCCUGUAUAUCAGCGUGUUGCCCUGUUACAAGUAAAGAAACUGAAGGUGAAAGUGUUCUGGAGAAGGAUCCCAUCUUGGGGAGCUUUGCUUGGCCUCCAAAUUCGUCAGAAUCGCUUAAUGAUACAGCAAGCGCACCAGGACCUGAAGAUGAUCUUAUGACACCCUCAUCAUCCAAAACCACCCCAGGUCCUAGCAUGCCAACUUUGGGAGUGUCGGAUCCAAACGAACGAAAGUCGUAUUCCUUAACAAUACUGAGGAACAUUUGUGAUAGUUCUGCACUUUCUCCCCACCUUCGGAACCUUUUGAUAGCAAGAGAUUCUAAUGGGUUCACCCCUUUCAUGUUGGCCGUGUCGGGAAGAGCUUACCAGGCAGCCUUGAUCCUCUUCGAUGUAAUCCAUCGCGUAGCUCACGACAGUGCAAUGGACUCCGAGAGUGAGAGACGAGCUGUUUCACAGAUGAUUUUCCCUAGGGGUAGUAACCCCGAUGACUCUCCGCUUCACGUUCUUUGUUAUAAUGACACAUGUUCUUUCACAUGGACUGGUGCUGAACAUAUCAAUCAGGAUAUUUUUGAGUGCAGAACAUGUGGGCUUGUUGGGUCUUUGUGUUGCUGUACAGAAUGUGCAAGAGUAUGCCACAAGGGUCAUGACUGCAAGCUGAAGAAGACCUCUCCUACUGCAUACUGUGAUUGUUGGGAGAAGUGCAAGUGUAAAGCUCUGCGAUCAGGCCACCAGGCAGCUCGAUUUGACCUCCUGUCACGACUUAUCACAGAAACAGAUCUAGUGAAUUUACCUAAUGGGCGAGGAGAGAAUUUACUUCUAUUUCUUGUUCAAACUGUUGGGCGCCAGGUCACGGAACAAAAGCAGUGGCAGAGGUGUCGGUCAUCUUCCUCAACACGCAAAAAUACCCUGUCUGAUGUUGUAAAUUUGGAAGUUCCGGACCAUGAUUUAGAGCCACCAAAGUUUAGUCGUCGGGCUUUAGAGCGCCUUUUGAGCGAUUGGGCUGCUGUCAGAGCUAUGAUCAUGACAGGCCACAAGGAAGAGACUCCUCCUACAGCUGCAUCCACAGAUGAGAUCCACUUCAUGCAGUUCCAAGGCCAUACUACACAUCUGGAUAAAUUCACCUACUGUUUGCUAGUCAAAUUAGCAACCCAGGUAGGCAAGGCUGAGCAUCGUAACUUGAAACUGAAGCAGCUUAUUAAUAGUGAUGACGAAGAAAGAAAAAUGAUUGCAGACACGAUGGUUACUGCCUUGAUCAACACGUUGAUAAGGGAACUCCAUAACGAUAGCAUUCCUGGGAGAAAGCAAGAGGCAGAAAAGGUGGCUAGGAGGUUUAUUGCUUCAGUGGUGCGAAUAUUUGUAAUUCUGGCCAUUGAGAUGAUGCCAAAUGUUGGAAAGAAGAAACCAGGCAGUUCUUAUACUCAGCCACUGGCAAAGUGUAUUAAGGUCUUUGAAAGUGUCAUUCCUGUGGCCGUUACGGAACUUUGUGACGCUGCUGAUGCUCUAAUGUUGCCCGUGCGACUCAACUACGUGAAACCAACUGCUCCGUUUCCUCUUAGCUCCACUCACGUCGAUGCAAACCAUGGCUGCAAGGAAAUGUUUGAGGUUGAACCUUUGCAAAGACAACAUCAGAGGUCUGGCAGCAGCAGCUUAGACUUGCCGGCAUCUGCAAGUGUUGUCGAUGGUGAGAGCUCCAGCGUGAGUGGUGUCGGUUUGGUAGGUGGAAGUGGAGGCAGUGGGAGUGGCCCUGAUGGUGGUGGCAGUGCUGUAGGGGAAGAAGAGGAAACUAUUGAGGAUGAAGUUGCUUCGAACAUGUCUAGACCAGGUCCCACGUCUAAUCGGCAGAGGAGAGUUAGACCAGAUCACAUUCUUCCCCCACAAGGAGAUGAACAAGAAGGUGAAGGUGGCAGUGAAAGAGAUGAUGUAAACGAUCGUUCAGAACAGGAAGGAGAUGGUGGUGGUGAAGUUGAGGGUGGAGAGAGUGACAUGGAACUUGAUCUUUUAGCAGAAUCAGACAGUGACAGUGAUGACAAUCAGUCUGCUGUAGAUAAUGCCUCCAACCAGAGGUCAGUACAAACGGGUGCUACUGCAGGCAGCGAUGGUGAAGAUGACUCGGGAGAAUCAUCCCCAGGGGAGGAUGAGGACGACGAAAGUGAGGCAGCAGAGACCGAUGAAUUUGAUUCUGGGGAACUGUUCUCAGAUGAGCAGUUAGAGCGAAGGGUAAACACUUCUUCAACUUCACGCAACAUUGCUCCUCACAACUUGCAGUGGGCUGUGAGAAAUCCAAGAGACAGUACCUCGCGAUCUGGAGGGUCAGCUGGGGGACCUACCACUUCAGGAUCUUCAAACACAACUUCUAGUGGUCUAAUUUAUAUUGACCCAACCUCUCUGAGGCAUGGGCCAUCAUCCAGUUCGACUGUGACUCCAUCGUCACACGAACCAGUAAGCCUGGCAACUACCAACAAUACUCUUGCCAGAGCAUUUACUAUCAUUGUGCGGCAGAUGAGUUCACUACUUAGUCUAGCUUGUGAUGUUGUGAGAGAUGGAGGGUUAACCUCAAGAGCCACUGGUGGUAGUGGAGGUGUUCCAGGAAGCAGUGGCGGUAUCAACACAACCAGCCAGAUGUAUCUGACACCAACCAUAAUAGCUGCGUUGCUUAAACAGGUGGAUGCCCGACUUCAGCCGACCUGGGAUUGGCUUUUGAGUCUAAUGGACUCCACAGAGUCCCAGUUAAGGUUUGGUAGAGAAUUGAACCAACUCAUUGAAGGCAGCGGGGGCAUUGGUUCAACAUCAUCAACAUCCCCACCUUCUGGAAACCUACCUCGCCCCAGAGACCGAAGCGCUGGACGUACAGGUGUGCCAUUUAUUCGUGAUACUCUGGCAGGGCCGUUGUCAAGGUACCAGAGCGCUCGCAGAGGUGCAAGAGCAGCUACGUCUACGGCCGAUCCUCAGAGUGCUAGAAGAGACACUCUUUCAUAUGUGGUGUCACUCUUGCGAGCCCAUAAAAAUGAACACUGUGAUACAUUGCCAGAUAUUGAUGUUGGCUCUCUUAAGCAUAUAGCAUAUGUAUUCGAUGCACUUAUCAGUUAUAUCCGCUGCUGCGAGAGUGACAGUAAUGCUCACGUUGACUCGGGAGGAGCGGAAUGCACAGGGUUCUCGUGGGAACGUGAUGAGAAUGAAAAUGAGGAUGACAUAGAUGACUUGCCUUCCAUCACACCAUCAGCAGGUGACAGUGAAUCUGCAGACGAAGAUUCUAAUUUAUCCAAUUCAAGAGGGAGAAAGCAUGUGUUUUUCCAGAGAUCACAGUCAACACUCUGUUUGGGGUCCCAGAGUGCAGAUGUCUUCAGUACCCCGUUACAAGAAGCUUUACCUUUGGCAGAUAAGCCACAUCUUCUGCAACCCAAUGCCAGGAGAGAGGAACUCUUUGGCAUUCCCCGCACACAUACCUACAAUGCCAGCCAUGGUACAAGAACGCCAUUAGAUACCCCACUCUCUCGUCUGGGGGUGUUGGACAACUUGCAUAUGGUUGGCCCUUAUCCACCAAUUCCACAACAGUCAUAUGCACACAUGCUGGGUUCCACACGAACCUUGGACCCCCAGCCAACGGACUUAUCUGUAUAUACCUCUGGACCAGUUAGAGAUUUAAAAGACGAAGAUUUGAGUGAGGAUAGUGGCGAAACUUCUCAGGAAAGAGCUCCAAUCAUUGUUUCCCCAAGACGCACAGGGAGUAGUUUAAGUGGGGGCAUUGGUGAGCCUAGUAAUAGUGCCUUGUCCUCCUACUCCACUGACUCUGCGCCGACUCGUUCCAUCAAGAGUGUCAUUGUUCGAGUUGGGUCUUCUCCUGUAACUAGCCCAUUCAAGUCAGAGGUGGUGACGUCGUCAUCAUUAUCGUCUAGUUUAGCAUCAAUAUCUCCAACUCCAUCGUCGGCUUUGGGAGGACGUGGCGGAGCAGAUCUUUUAGUGGUACCUCUGGAUGGCAGAGCCAGUAGAAGUGAUAUGGGCUUGCAUGCUCCGCAUGACGUGUCAGCAAACGUUACCAUAGACACUACACAUGACCAAAUGAGGCCAGCUUUAUUGAGAAGUGGAGUGUCACAGGACUUGCUGUUAGGUCGCUGGAGAUUAACUCUGGAGCUUUUUGGAAGAGUAUUUAUUGAUGAUGUUGGAGCUGAGCCUGGUUCCAUCAUUGCCCAAUUGGGAGGUUUUCCUGUAAAAGAAGCCAAAUUUAGAAGAGAAAUGGAAAAAUUGAGGAACUGUCAGCAGCGUGAUUUAAAUCUUACCAAGGUAAAUAUAUAUAUAAACUGCCGUUACAGUAACACUUCUACAUACAUAUAAGACUUCUGUACUUCCAGCAACAGUUCAG